UUGGGAAUGAGGGUGAACAACGUUUACGACGUGGAUAAUAAGACGUACCUUAUCCGCCUCCAGAAACCAGACUGCAAGGCCACGCUGCUGCUCGAGUCCGGCAUCCGCAUCCACACCACCGAGUUCGAGUGGCCCAAAAACAUGAUGCCAUCAAGCUUUGCUAUGAAGUGCCGUAAGCACCUGAAGACCCGAAGACUGGUCAGUGUGACCCAGCUGGGGAUAGACAGGAUCGUGGACUUCCAGUUUGGGAGCGACGAGGCUGCGUAUCACCUGGUCAUCGAGCUGUACGACAGGGGGAACAUCGUGCUGACGGACCACGAGUACAUCAUCCUGAACAUCCUGAGGUUCCGCACGGACGGAGCGGACGACGUGCGGUUCGCGGUGCGGGAGCGGUACCCGGUCGACAGCGCCAAAGCACCUGCACCCCUGCCCACCUUGGAAAGGUUAACUGAAAUGAUAGCAAAUGCACCAAAAGGGGAACAACUGAAGAGGGCGCUUAACCCACAUCUUCCUUAUGGAGCCACUCUCAUUGAGCAUUGCCUUAUAGAAGCUGGAUUUUCUGGUUCUGUCAAAGUAGAUCAGCAGAUGGAAAGUAAAGAAAAUGUUGAAAAAGUGCUUAUGGCUUUAGAGAAAGCAGAAGAAUAUAUGACACUAACUGACAACUUCAGUGGGAAGGGUUAUAUUAUCCAGAAAAGGGAGAAGAAGCCAAGUCUGGAACCAGAUAAACCAGCAGAAGAUAUCUACACAUAUGAGGAAUUUCAUCCUUUCUUGUUUUCUCAACAUUCAAAAUGUCCAUACUUGGAAUUUGACUCAUUCAAUAAGGCAGCAGAUGAGUUCUACUCCAAGUUGGAGGGGCAGAAGAUUGAUCUGAAAGCAUUGCAGCAGGAAAAACAAGCCUUGAAGAAACUUGAAAAUGUCCGUAGGGAUCACGAGCACAGACUGGAGGCUCUUCAGCAAGCUCAGGAAGCUGAUAAGAUAAAAGGAGAACUGAUAGAAAUGAACCUGGAGGUCGUUGACCGAGCCAUCCAGGUGGUCCGUAGUGCCUUGGCCAACCAGAUAGACUGGACAGAGAUUGGAGCAAUUGUCAAGGAAGCUCAAGCCCAGGGAGACCCUGUUGCAAGUGCAAUCAAAGAGUUAAAGCUUCAGACCAACCAUAUCACGAUGCUGCUGAGGAACCCAUAUGUGUUAUCUGAAGAGGAGGAGGAUGAGGAGGAUGGUUUGGAGAAAGAAGAAACAGAAGAACCGAAGGGAAAGAAGAAGAAGAAUAAAAACAAGGAGUUGAAGAAACCUCAGAAAAACAAACCAUCACUAGUUGAUGUUGAUCUCAGUUUGUCUGCAUAUGCCAAUGCCAAAAAGUACUACGACCACAAGAGACAUGCAGCCAGGAAAACUCAGAAGACAGUAGAAGCUGCAGAGAAGGCAUUUAAAUCUGCUGAGAAGAAGACGAAGCAGACCCUGAGGGAAGUUCAGACAGUCACCACCAUUCAGAAGGCCAGAAAGGUCUAUUGGUUUGAGAAGUUCCUGUGGUUCAUUAGCUCUGAGAAUUACCUUGUUAUUGCUGGAAGAGACCAGCAGCAGAACGAGCUGAUUGUGAAGCGGUACCUGAGGCCAGGGGACAUAUAUGUGCAUGCUGAUCUCCAUGGGGCCACGAGCUGUGUGAUCAAGAACCCAUCAGGUGAGCCGAUCCCUCCCCGGACCCUGACAGAGGCAGGCACCAUGGCCCUGUGUUACAGUGCUGCCUGGGAUGCACGGGUGGUCACCAGUGCUUGGUGGGUCUCCCACAACCAGGUUUCAAAAACUGCCCCCACAGGAGAAUACCUCACUACUGGAAGCUUCAUGAUCCGAGGGAAGAAGAAUUUUCUUCCACCUUCAUAUCUGAUGAUGGGUUUUAGCUUCUUGUUUAAGGUGGAUGAGAGCUGUGUCUGGAGACACCGGGAGGAAAGGAAGAUCAAAGCACAGGAUGAGGAUCUGGAGACAGUUUCCAGCAGUGCUGGGGAGCUGGUGUCUGAGGAAGUGGAGCUCUUAGAAGGAGGAGAGAGCAGCAGUGAAGAGGAAGAAGCAGAGUGUCAGGAAGCACUGGGAGAUGUGGAAGCCACGUCUGAGAGCAACCGUGAGGAGGGUGUUGCUGACCCCGAGCAGGGCAGAGGAGACACACCUCCUGCACCAGAGGGUGACUCCCAAGAGGAGGAUGGGGAAUCUGAAGAUGAAGUGGAACACACGGAGGUGAAGAAUGAGGUGAAGGAGGAAGAGGUGAAUUACCCAGAUACGACAAUCGACCUGUCACAUCUUCAGUCUCAGAGAGCCCUGCAGAAAAUCGUCCCCAAAGAGGAAGAACCCAACCUGAGUGACAGCAAGUCCCAGGGGCGACGGCAUCUGUCUGCCAAGGAGAGGAGAGAAAUGAAGAAAAAGAAGCAGCAAAAUGACUCUGAGAACUUGGAGCCUCCUGAAGAGAAGCAGAAAGAGACAGAGACACAGCCCCCCCCUGCUCCCAACAGCAAUAAGGGUGUCCCAGCCCCUCAGCCCAUCAAGCGGGGGCAGAAGAGCAAGAUGAAGAAGAUGAAGGAGAAGUACAAGGACCAGGAUGAGGAGGACCGGGAGCUCAUCAUGAAGCUGCUGGGGUCUGCAGGGUCAAACAAGGAGGAGAAAGGGAGGAAAGGGAAGAAGGGGAAAACAAAAGAAGAGCAAGCCAAGAAGCAGCAGCAGAAACUCAAGGCCAUGCGUCGUGGUGCUAGAGGGGACAAGGAGACCCUCCCAGAGGAGCAGGACCAGGAUCAGCCAGGAGCUGAGGAGGCUGAGGCUCUGCUGGACUCCCUGACAGGCCAGCCACACCCUGAGGACAUCCUGCUUUUUGCUGUCCCCAUCUGUGCUCCCUACACAGCCAUGACCAACUAUAAGUAUAAAGUCAAGCUCACUCCUGGCACUCAAAAGAAGGGAAAAGCUGCCAAGAUUGCCCUGCAUAACUUCAUGCAAUCCAAAGAAGCCAGUGCAAGAGAGAAGGACCUGUUCCGCAGCGUGAAGGAUACAGACUUGUCAAGAAAUAUUCCUGGUAAAGUGAAAGUGUCUGCCCCUCAUCUCCUGAACAGGAAAAAGAAGUGA